UCAUUUGCGCGAGCGGCAAGCUCAAUUCCUUGUGACAAUCGACAAGUGAGAGAAGAAAACAGCAAACUUCUGCUGACUUCGCUGGAGACUUUAACCCCUCAACAUGAAACAUGGAAAAUUCAGGAAAAAGAUUUACUUCUAAACAGAGCAGGUAACUGUUUAAACAUAACAUGCCUAAUGAAUUGCAUUAUAUGCGAAAUAAGCAUCACUAUUAACACAUUAUAAUUUUAGGCAUUCAAGAUGUAAAUGAUGAACAAAAAAAUGUUAUGACAAUAUGUCCGGCACACCGCUUCGAGCUUGCCCAACACUGGAGACCAUCCACCGCUUGCUGUCAUCCCGAACACACUCAAAGUACUCAGAAGCGAAAGGUUUCAAUUCCUGAUAGAUACAUCAUACCAGAUAUGGCAAAAGAAAUCAUGUUAAUGUAUGGUUUACACCGUAUUAUUGGAUCUCGUAAGUGUUUCAAGUAAUAUCUUGUCAUUAAUCUGUUUAUAUUUGUUCGGCGCUGAUGCACUUGCCAAUGUUUCGUGUAACGUGUCCCGCAUUCUUGUUGCGCCGUUGCGACAAGUCACAGGAGUCGUUACUUAGUGUAACAUCCCUGGACGACACGUAAAGUAUUGUUACAGCGUUGCAAAAAAAGAGGCCUUGAUUCUGCUUCGUGCAAGGCUUGCUAUAAAACCGAGAAAUGUUCCAGUCGUCAUUCGACGUCAGGUUCACUUCAGUGCGAGUCAAGUUGCAAGAAAAAUUGCCUCGUGCUAUAGUGCCUAAAAGUUGCACAGGAUAAACCAGCACCCAGGGGGAAACAGAUCAAAUACUUCCCUUUGCCCUCACACUGAUUACUGUCAGUACACUCACAACACGACGCCUCCCCCUAACUUACUUUCUUUCUUCAGCUACAUUCUUCACACACAUAAUGGGUGGGGGGAGGGCACUACUUUUUAUAAAUUUAUGUUAUAAGGGUGUUUUCUACUGGAUGUUGUCGUGGUCUGUAAGGGGAAUAGGGUGGUGGCUGGGUAUAAACACUUCUGCCUUCAUCAAUUUCAAGUCGUGUUGGGCUAUCUUUUAAGGGACUGGGGUCAAACAUGAGACCACGUGGUCUAGCCGUCACAGUCUGACAGUCUGCCUUUUUCAGUAUUUGUUUGGCAUUUUGCCUCUUAUCUCCUAUGGAAGCAAGGAGAUGUUAUGCGGUUUCUGAUCUCCAGUUAGGGCAGUGAGAAGUCGUGUUAUCUGCUAGGGAACUCGGUCUGAACGUUGAGACCACAUAGAAAUAUAACAAGUCGUAUCUCAUCUGGUUUUGCAUUCCUGGUUACUAGACCCCCAGCAAAGCAACCCAACCCAAACCUUUUACAAUUCCUCCGUGGGUUUUACCUACGUGAGUACUGACAUUAUUUAUAAAAAUAUUUACAUGUUAUUACAGGAUGCGCAAUAUUUAGUAUGAAUAGGUAUGGAAGGGAGAAGGAGAGGGAUAUGAUGCUCUCUCUUAUUUGUCAAAAUCUUAGCUGUUAAAAGAGGUUUUCAUUCCUUCCCCCACUUUCAUGGCAAUUUUGAGCAAUUGGUUUUGUUCGUGCGUUCGGUUUGUUUAGAAUUUUAGGGGUUUGCCUAUGUUCAUCAAAAUGAGUGGGAAAGGGUCAUCUGAACUCAUUACUGAGCUGUUUAUUUGUUCGUUUGUUGGCCCGGUAAUGCAAACAGUACAGAUCGCGCGAGGAGAUAACAUUACUGAAAAUAAGGUUUCUCAUGAAAGUGUGCUAUUAUUUACUGAAUAAAAGGUAGCGUCAACGAAGCAUGUACCGCUACCCUUAUGGCUUUUUGGUCUGUUAAUAUGAAGUAUGAAUCUUUUACACGUACUUUGUAUGCAUAUUAGGUGUGUGACGUCAGUGUCGGGAAAAGCACGCUUGGCAUCUGAAACAAUUUCAGUCUUCACAGCAGGCAACUUCAGAGAAUAUUGCAGCUAAGAGCAACCCACCCCGUAAAAGGUUCCCUAUUCCACCUGAGAUGUUUAGCAGCCCUUCUGGUAUGAACAAUUCCUUAAUUAGUGAUGAAGAUUACAAAUAACCACUUACACCAGCGAGAGUAAAAACUGCCUACAGCCAGUAUGUGUACAAAUUACAUGAAGCGACUGGGAUAAGUGAGCCAUUUAGACAUCUAGAUUCUGUUCUGAUGAAAGAGCGGAAAGACUUGCAUCGUCGUACUAAACAUUAUUAUGCGUCGUUCGCUAAACAAGGAGUUAGACCAGUGUUGGAAUCAGUUGCCCCUGGCCAAGGUGAAGAGCUUUGGAAUUACUUGAAAAACAGUUCAAUACCGGGUCUUGGCAACAGCGAUAACGACUGUGAUGAAGAUGGAGAAAUUUCUCCUAACACCUUCUCGGACAACACUUUACGAAAUCUUAUUGAUGCCUAUAACAAUGCACAGUCUUCAAAAUCGAGAAAAGAAAUUUUGUCAAUAUUUGCUCAAAAUUUCAAGAGAAAGCAAUUGAAAGACCUAAUUCCUGGUCUGACAGAUUUUCGUAUAAAGGAGGCUAGGAAGCAUUGUAAAGACAUGGACCAGGCACUGCAGUGCCUACAGCUCCAGUUCACAGGUUCUUUCUCAGUGAAGACAAAGUUGACCACUUUUUAA